AUGUCCAUGUCGAUCGGGACCGAGUCCACGCGCCCGCUGCUGCUGCCUCAGAACCGGAGGAUACGGCACCUCCAGGGUGUCUAUCUGCGCAACCUCAGCUUUGUGCGCCCGCGAGGGAAAGCAGCCGACGACCUGGGUCUGGGGAAGGGGUCGCCAAACAAGCUGCAGUCCCUGAAGAACAUUCCGCAGCUCCACCAUGCCGCCUCCUCCGAAUCGCUCCGGGAGCGGCCUGCCAAAGCCCGCCGACGAAGCACGAAUCUUGCGAACAAGAGCCCCAUCACGCGGCAGAAGCACCUGGAGCUGGCUGUUGAGGGGAGGGCGGCCCAGGUCUUCUUCUCCCUGCACGUUGGUGGCGCCGACGACCCCGUCUAUAUCAGCGAGGUUGCAGAACGGUCAACGAACUUCAAUUUCCGCUUCUUUGACCUGUCUCAGUCCAGCCCCGGCAUCGCCCGCUCCCCGGAGCUCACCAUCAAUAUCUGGGCAAAGCGACAUGGAGACUGGAUACAUCUGAUUGAACAAAUCCUCGACUUGCGUCUCAUGAACUUCAUUGGCACCUUGCGCAACCAGCAUUUCCCACCCAACUGCCUGGUUUUCCACCUCGUCGAUGGCAUCUAUUCCCUCGAGCUCCCCGCCAAGGUCCCCGAGCCAAAGCAGGGGGCGGCAUUCCCGACGUCGUCCUACAACGCGCUCAUGAAGCUGUCCAAUCUCGACGCUUCCAUCCAGGACGCCCUGGCCACACGCGAUACGAUCACAGCCCAGAUCAAUGAGAUUUUAGAUCGCACCCCGCCCGAUCCGGUCCCUGCGGCGAAGGACAAGGUGCAGCUGGCGAACAAGUACCUGGCAGCCGAGCAGCGCUCCCUCAAAGCCGUGCAAGCUCGCCGUGACCAACUCAAGCAGUCCAUCGCUGCGCGCCGUGCUGCCAUGGCAAAAGGCCAGGAGACACAAAGUCAAGCCGCCGAAGACGUGAAGCACGCCGCCGAGAAGCUCCCUGUCUCCCGUGCCUCGCUUGACGGUACGCGGGACAACAUCCGCGGCCAACGCCGGCGGAUAUGCGAGGAGCUCAGCCAAAUUUUCCCCAUCACGCCGGCGGGGUCGGGCGCGCCGUUGGCAUUUCAGAUCUGCGGUGUCAGCUUGCCAAAUACAGACUACGACCCAGCCUCCAACAAGGCGGCCGAGGACUCGCUGUCUGCGGCGUUGGGUUACGUGGCACAGCUGACCAACGAACUUCAGUACUAUCUAGGCGUUGCGCUUCCCUACCCAAUCACGCCUUACGGGUCGCGCAGUAGCGUCCGGGACGACAUCUCUCAGAUCCCCGACGCCCAGCGGUCUUUCCCGCUCUUCCUUCACGGAGGUGCUACGGCGCAGUACCGAUUCGACUACGGGUGGUUCUUGCUCAACAAGGACAUUGAGACGCUGUGUGCGAGCGCUGGCCUAAAGGUUGUCGACAUACGGCACACGCUACCCAAUCUCAAAUACCUCCUCUAUGUCUGCAGCGCCGGCAGUGAUGAGCUCCCAGAGCGGAAACGCGGUGGCAUAAGGGGCCUGUGGGCCGGGAAGCUGAAGGGCAAGGCGGGCACGUCACUGGACGACGGCGCCAGCAGUGCUGGCGGAAGCCGCCGAGGCAGUGCGGAGAGCGAGAUGUCUAGCAACCAGAGGGAUGAGCUUCGAAAGUCCAUCGGGGCCAAUGGCAACGGCAGCAGUGAGGGUCAGUUCCUACCAGGCACCACUGCUGCACGCGGCCCAAGCCCUGCGCGUCUGCCGUUUGAUGAAGCUACCAAGUUCACAUUGCGGACGAAGGGGUUGAGGGAAAACGCCGUCAAGUAA